CCCCGACGAUGACGACGACCACGACGACGGCGACCUUGUCCAACAGCAGCAGCAGCGCCAGCAGCAACGCGUCCGCCUCGCAGGCAGCUGCCGCAAGCACAGCCGCCGCCGCUGCAGCCGCUGCUGCCAUCGGCUUUCAUCAGUCACCCUUAGCACAAAUAUUAUCUCAGAACCCGGCCCUGGCGCAACUGCUGCAGCAGAAUCCGGCGAUACUCACGCAGAAUCCGCAGUUGGCGCAGCUACUCCAACAAAACUUGCAAGUCCAAAUGGGAGUGUACCAAGGCAGGAGGGAGGACGGCGAAGAGGCCAGGGUACCGCCGUCGAUAGCAAGUCUUGCAGCAAUAAAGGUGGAGGCAUCUGACCCCAAAGUUUCCGCUCUGCUGCGUCAAAGUAUGUCACCGGUGGCGGGCGACACCCUCCUGACGAACCCACCGCCCGGCGCCAAGAGCGGAGCCAACUCGCCGAUGAUCGACUACUCGCGCUACGUGCGGCGCUACACCAGCGGCCAGGAGUGCGGCAGCGCCUACUGCAAGGAGCUGGCCUGUCGCGAGCACUUCCACUGCCUCGACUGCGCCGGCCGCGUCUUCAUCAAGAAGGAAGAGAUGAUCCGGCACUUCAAGUGGCACAAGAAGCGCGACGAGUCCCUCCAGCACGGCUUCAUGCGCUACUCGCCGACGGACGACUGCGCCGAGCGACACCCGACCCGCCAGUGCCCCCACAAUCGCAAGCAGACCCACUACCACUGCAUCCACGAGAACUGCGACAAGGUCUACAUAUCGACGUCCGACGUGCAGAUGCACGCCAAUUACCAUCGCAAGGACUCGGCCAUCAUCCAGGAGGGCUUCCAGCGAUUCAGAGCCACCGAGAGCUGCGCCACGGAUUACUGCCCGUUCGUGGGUCAACGAACGACGCAUUUCCACUGCCGCAGGCCCAACUGCCGCUACACUUUCAAAAACAAAGCCGAUAUGGAUAAACACAAAUCUUACCACAUCAAAGACGAGCAGCUGACUCGCGACGGCUUCAAGAAGUUCAUGAAGACCGAGGCCUGCCCGUUCGACCAGUGCCGCUUCUCGCGCGUCUGCAAUCACAUCCACUGCAUCAGGCCCCAAUGCACCUACGUGCUGCAUUCCUCCGGUCAGCUGUUCUCGCACAAGCGCAAACACGAGCGCAGCGACUUUGAUCUCAUGCAGCGCAAGAAGCAGCAGCAGCAGCUCGGCGCCGCGGGUGCGGGAGCUUUCGCCGGAGCGGCGAGGACCUCCUGGCCGGACGACCUGGUUGCCGGCCAGCAGGCGCUCUCGCUCAGCUUGAACGGCGAGAGCUCGAACGAGGAGAGGGUCGGCUCGCCUUACUUCUCCAUGGACGAUUCGUUCCAGAGCGCCGACUUGGCUAUGGAUCUCACGGCUUCGGGAGUGUCCGUUUCGAGGACGAGCCCGGCUUUGGAUUGUCCGCAAUUAACUCCUACUGAACUAGCUUAUUUGAUGACGGCCACGACAGAUUGCAGCUGCGGCCUCGUUGGAAAUCACUACCAUUGCGCUUUGGACAAUUGCGACGCGUCGUUGCGCGAUCCCCGCGAGGUGCGCGAACAUCUGUGCGAGCACGAGGCCCAGGAACGCGUGACCGACGCCUUCUUCGAGGAAGGUGGCUGCGACGAGUCCACCUGCGCCUACGCCGACAAAGAGAAACACUACCACUGCAACUGGGACAACUGUCGCGAGGUCAUACUCGCCACCGACAAUCCCUUCCGCAGAUUGGAUCACUACAAGAUUCACGAGUACACGCAGCAGGCCAAGUUGCCGCUGUCGCACCCGCUAUCCACGGAUUUAACCCUGACGCAUUUAACGAAUCUGGACGCCAUGUUCAGGCGGAAACGCGGCAGACCACCGAAGAAUCGAGUCAUCGAGAUCUGGAAUUCUGGCGAAUCGUCGUCCCAGGACUCGCCGCAGGCUAUAUUCACGAGCUUCAAAUUGCCGAAAGCGACCCCGUCGACCACACCCGCACCGACCACCUCGACAACUGUGACGGUCUCCAACAACGAGCGGGAAGGUAGUGCCUCGCCCAGCAACGAAGAUCACGUUGGCUUUGUCACUUACAAUCAAGACUCGUGUCCUCACGCGUCCUGCGGUCUUCGGCACACGCGGCAUCAUCACUGCUCGCAGCCUCGCUGUCAUUAUUGCACCGACCGACCCGAGCAGCUGCUGAUGCACAGCAAGGACUUUCACGACAACGUCGAGAUCCCUCCGGGUUUCGCCUUUUUUGAUCGUAUGAUCGACUGUCGUCUCCAGGGCUGCCAGAGUAAUCGCGUCAAUCGCCACUAUCAUUGCACCCGGCCGAAUUGCGGCUACUCGUUCGUCCGUUACUCGUGCAUAGCGAAACACGAAAAGGAGCACGAGAGCGAGUCUGCGAUGGUACCCAGCGCCACCGAGGAACAAUCCCAGCAAUCUGAGCAGAAGCCCAGAAUACAAGUAAAAAAUCCUGCCGAGCUGCUCGAGGGAAUGGAGGAGAGGAGCGAAAUUAAAGACGUCGAAAUGAACGCAGCCGAUUCUAAUAAUAAGACUACAGUGGUGAGGGCGGCAGGCACCUAUUAUCCGGUCAGCGGACCGCCAAGCGAACCCGCACUACCGGGCGCCACACUAUCAAUGCGAGCUUCCGUGCACCAAGAACCAAAUCAGUCGUCAGGCAUGAUAAUGCCACAAUCGAACUCGCCACACAUCCUGUACGGACCCGAGCAGAGUUGCAGUCGGCCGUUCUGCAAAUUAAAGCGCAAAAAUCACUACCACUGCAACGCCUGCAACCAGGCAUUCUCCGAGCUCGACCGACUCGUCGCGCACGCGGCCAAACAUUCGACAGGUGCAAUUCUCAGUCAGCAGCAGCAACAGCAGCAAUCCUUCAUGCUCGGCGGCUCGAUGCACGAGCAGCAGUCGCCGACCAAUCAUCAGAUUAGCCAACAGCAGCACGAUUUUCUGCAGCAGCAACACGACUUUAUGGCUCAGCGUUUUCAGCUGCCCUCAAAGGAGAUAAAACUCGAGCAAUCUGGUAACCGAUCUAGUCAACAGCAACAACAGAGCGCCUCGGUGAAGAAAGAAGUCAAGAAAGAAAUAAAGAAAGAGUAUCCAGAGAACAGUGCCGCUACGACCAACAACAGUCACGAAAAUGGUCAAUCGCAGCAAGCGCAGUCACAGCAGCUACAGCAACAGCAGCAACUGCAUCAAGUGGUUCAGCAGCAGCAACAACAGCAGCAAGCCUCGAGCUUCGAUCUCAGUCAUGGUUUUCAUUUCCCGAAUCCAGAAAUAUUCGCUGCGAUGAACCAGCAGCUUGCUCUGAUGAACCAGGCGCUCCCACCCUUCCUGCAACACGGUGGCAUGUACGCGGGAGCACCUGGACUGAUGUUCGCACCAGGUCUGCCUCCUGGCAAUUUCCUGCAACCCCCAGGUAGAGACGAGAAUCCUCUGGCUUCUCUGGCAGCCAACUUGAACCUGAAUAAACGCUCGCUCUCGCCGACCGAUCCAAAUUCGGCCGAGUCAAAGAAGCAGCGACUACAUCACUCGAUGCGCAUGCUCAAGGACGAGCCCGUACCCGAGGGCUACAUCAGGUUCAGGUUCAACGAGGACUGCCGCUACCCUCAUUGCGGCUAUCGCGAGCACCAGACGCACUUCCACUGCAUGCGCCAGGAUUGCGGAUACUCUUUCUGCGACAAGACCCGCUUCGUUCAACACACGGCGCGUCACGAGCGUCUGGACACACUUAUGGGCGGCGACUUCCAGCAGUACCGAGCAAAUGUGCCCUGCGGUCGACCCCAGUGUGCCUACACGUCCAGCCUCGGCUCGAUGCAGAAUAAAGCCUCGCACUUCCACUGUCUCAAGUGCAAUUUCGUCUGUACGGACACGAACAAGGUGGUGGCUCAUCGGCGUCAGCACGCCAAGCUCGACAGCAUAGCUGCCGCUGGCUUUCAAAAGUUCACCCCGAGUCAGCCGUGUGGGGCACUGCAGUGCCAGCAUUCGGGCAAACAGACCCAUUAUCACUGCCUACAGUGCCAGUACGCCGUGCUGGGCUUGGCGCAGAUGUCCGCGCACAAGUACCGCCACAUGGAUGCUGCAGCCUAGCACGAGCUAGACCACGCGGUCUACGGACCCAAGCACUGAGACACACAUACACACAAGGGGUCGUUCAGUCGAUCUUAGUUUCUUAAGACAAUGAAAAAAUAUCGAUAUAUUAUUGCGUUACUAUACAUACGAAAAUUAAUUACAUACAUUUACGUAUACAUCCAUAAAUAUACUUCUAAGUCGUUUCUCGAGAGAGAUGUUCAAUCGUCAAAUAUUAAUUAUAAUACCUGUACAGAAAUUUUUAUCUUUUAAGUUCUAAUUUUUAGGAGAGAUUUUUAGAGUGGGAAUUUACAAUUUUCAAUUUAUAUAUGUAUCAUUUUAAGUUAUUCACUGUAUAUUUUACAAAAAAAAACACACAGCAGUGAUUAUGCAUGUAAAACGUCUUUAUAAAUUAUUAAAUAAGCGCAUGUGGUGUUUCAAAGAUUCUUUUCAUUUCUUGACUCGUAGCUGUUAGCAUGUAAGUGUAAUUUGCCACUGUAAUUAUGGCAAUCUGUUUUUGUCUUUACAUUAUAAUAGAGUCAGUUUUGUGGGUGUUUCAGACGGUGAAUAUGUAAUAUGAAACAAAAUGAUUUUAGCUAUUCGCGGCGACUGAUUAUCAUAAAUAUCUAACUGUAAGAACUCUAAAAACAAAAUUAAUUGUACAACAAUAAAUAGACGCGAGUGCGGAUAUAUUAAUAAUUUUGUGCGAGUAAUUAUUUGUACAUAAUUUAUUUGCGAUCAUCAUUGCAGCAAAUUUAGACAAGAAUACGGGUUUUCAUCUAUUGUAUAAUUGUACGGAUACGAGAAAACGAAACGAAAAAUUCUUACAAAAAAUGUGUUAAAACUUGAUCGGGCAAAUUGUAAAUGCAUGUCUGAUUAGUUAUGUAUUACAAGCAGUAUUGUGAAAAUUAAAUUUAUUUAAAAGAGAAAAAAAAAGGUGAAUUAUAAAAAGACUGCCGUAGCAAGAGGCGAUAAUAAUGCUAAUGAAACGUACGAAAACGAAACGCAUAUGUAUAUACAUUAUAUAGAAAGGGGAAAGAAAGUAAUCGUAUUUGCGUGAAGUAAAAAAAGAAAAAAAUUAUAAAUGCUUAUAAGCGUGAUAAAUAUACGGUGAUAGUCGAAAGAAGCGAGAAACUCGUGCAAGUUUUAAGCGCGUGGCGGAUAAGAAAAUAAAAAUCUAUAAAUAAAUGAACAUUGUAAAUGUAACACAUAGAAAUGUGACGAAAUUAAAGUACGUCGUAUUGUGAUGCGAAAACGUAAAGAGGUUGUUCUAAAAAGUUUUUUAUCGCUUAUAUAUAAUGUUUUAUGUACAUGAAUGUGUAUAAUCUGAUGGCGUAGACUACGUAGAUUAUUAGAAAGCAUAAAUAUUAUCCUAAUGAAAAUUAAAAAAUGAUAUAUCAACGACACACGGUUCCAAAUAUUUAACUAUUAGAUACAAAAAAAAUUAUUUUAAGAACUUACAGCUGUGGGAAUGUAUACGAUAUACUUUUACUCAUAUCUUUAAAAAAUAGUACGAAAACAUUGCUAAACAACGUAUUCCGACACUUUUCGAGUAGACGACUGAUAGAAAACAUAGUACGAAACGAUGGGGUGCCUUUUUGAAAAAAUUUUCUAUAGUAAAAAUCAAUUUUCGUCUUAGAAUCGUGUGCCUUAGUAGAGCAAUAGACAAAACUUUGGAUUUUACACACAUAUAACUAGUAAGAUUCCCUCGUAACUUGAUCGUUCAUACCCUACGCUGUUAAAGAAGGCUGCGCAAAUAUUUGCAAGUUACUACUCGAGUAGUGGAUAGAUGGCAGUGUCUUUUACUUUUGUCGGAGAGAUAUACUUUAUUCAUAUUUGCUAUUCUACCGGAUGAUCAGUCCUUUUUGCAUGUAUUAUUUUAAAAGUGUUGAUGAAAAUUUACAGGUUUAUCGUAUUGUUCUGGAAGUCUUCAUCGAAUGAUACAAUUUAUAAUAUUAAUUGACAAAAUUAAUAGGUAAAAUAAAAUUUUUGUGUAUGAAAAAUGCACUAGCAUAAACGUAUACGUCUUAUACGAACACUGUAAAUAUUGAGACUCUGAUAUUGUAUUCCUG